GUGAAAAUAAAAGCCCGCCAUGAGUCCCACUGUACGCGCCCGCUCUCACAGCGGCUCCACGCAGAGCGACUGCGCACAUUCCCCGGGAGGUGUGCUUUUCCUUCGAGAGUAUACGGGACAAAAAUAAAGUGCUGUGGAGAGAGAGAGAGUGAGACGCACCUCACUGAUCUCCAGGAGCAACAAGGCCUCAUGCUCUCGCAUCCUCGCGCUGUGACACUUGCCCUGCACAUAUUGUGGAUCGCCAUGGCCCAGGCUGCUGGCCAGGAGGACAGAGAGAAAACUACUGCACUCAAAGAUUUGCUGUCAAAGAUAGACUUGGAUGAACUGAUGAAGAAAGAUGAACCUCCUUUCACUUUCCCCAAAACACUGGAGGAAUUUGAAUAUGCCUUCAAUGAGCAUGGUCAGCUCAGACAUAUGAAAACAGGAGAACUCUUUGUGUUCAAUGCCAGAGAGGAUCUCCACCGCUGGAACCAGAAACGCUAUGAAGCUCUUGGAGAGAUAAUCACUCAGUAUGUUUAUGAGCUGUUGGAGAAAAAGUGCAACAUGACUAAAGCCUUCCUGCCAGUGGAAGCCACAGACGAUGAACCCACCAGUUUUAUCUACCUGAGUCCAGACGCCUUGUCCAACCCAUCGAAGCUACUGGUGUUAAUCCAGGGCAGUGGGGUUGUGCGGGCUGGUCAGUGGGCCCGUAGACUAAUCAUCAACCAGGACCUUGACUCAGGGACACAGAUCCCUUUCAUCACCAGAGCCAUGGAGGAUGGCUAUGGUGUGAUGGUGCUCAACCCCAACGAGAACUACCUGGAGAUGGAGAAGCCUGGCAAGUCCACCCCCCUGCCCUCUCCCACCGAACCCUCAGACGAGCCUGCUGAAAAGAGGGAACGUAAAGACGAUAAAGAGGGCAAAAAGAAGAGAGAAUUUUACGAGAAGUAUCGUAACCCACAGAAGGAAACAGAGACUGAACGGAUCCCUGUACGGGAAAAUGGCUCCUCCGAGGAACACGUGCUAUACGUGUGGGACAACUUUGUGUCCAAAGCCGCAGCAAAGAAUGUCUUCAUCAUGGCCCACAGCUACGGAGGACUGUCUUUCGUUGAGCUGAUGAAUCAGAGGGAAAUGCAGGUGAAGAAUAGAGUGUGUGCCGUGGCUCUGACUGACUCCGCUCACAACAUCUGGCUUCAGGAGACCAGCAAAGGCACACAGGACUGGAUGCAGCAGCACUGUUGUAACUGGGUAUCGAGUUCAGAGCCCCUGGACACGCCGCUGGAUCCCAUGCUGCCAGACUGCCCCCGAGUCUCUGCAGGCACAGAGAGACACGAGCUGACCUCCUGGAUGAGUUUCGUCUCCAUCUUCAGGUUCUUCAGUGAGGUCCUGGAGGCGAAGGAGGACGAGGAGGCGGAGGAGACCUCCAACACGGUCACCACACGCAGCAGCUCCCUCAAAAUCAAACACCAGGAUCUGUAGAUGACCAACCACAAUGGUUUGGGAAAAAGAGGAGAAGGAGGGGGGUGGCGGGGGCAUCGGAUCGGGGGGGGAAUGCAGAAAGAGAGGCUAAGGUUCCAGAUCCUCAAUGCUAUUUCUUUCUUUUUCUCCCCAUCUCCCCUUCUGCAGCCUCCAUCGCUCCUUUCUCACUCCCCGCACAGUGUCAUUUCUCCCUCCCAGCCCUGCCUGGCACCGCACACACAUAGCCUUGUUGUUGUAGGAGACAAGAGUGCAGGGUCACCAUGUAUACAUCACAAUACCGUUUUGCAUUACUUCUAGAUGAGCGCAACUGUCAAAGCAAUAUGGGCCUGAGUGUUAGCGCUUCCCGUGGGCUGUGGCCUGGCUGCGGCUACGGGCCACGGCAGCAGAGAUUAAGGCUGACAGGCGCUGUGCACAAUGCACUGUGGUGCACCUCUAAUUGUCCUGACAUCAGCCUGAACUGAGCUAAUGCCCCUCCUGCCCUCCAGUCUGCACUGCUCCGACUCUCCCUCCUUUUCCUCUUCCCCCCCAGUCCCAAAGCCCGGACCCGCUUAUCCAGAAAUCAGCUCCUGCCGUCGUCGGAUCCUCUGCUAAGAUUCAAUAUUAAUUCAACCUGGAAAAUGUCUAUCUUCAUUUCUUUCCGCCCCUUACCCAGCACAAAUGUUUUCACUGGGAGUGAACGCCGGAUUCUUAACUGGUGACAGUUUUGCUUGUUUUUUAAACAAAGUCGUUGUUUUUAUGACUUCGUCAUUCUCUUAUCCUUCGUACAGACAGUUCACUUUGACGUGUUUUUCAUUCAACUUUGUGUAAAAUGUGGUUCUAACCUGUGCCCUGUAUUUCAGUGCUUAUAAUAAGAGAGUUCUCUUUUUUAUUUUCUAAUUAUUAUUAUUUUAUUUUUUUACUUUGAGCUAAAUUUGAAUGCAAUGUCCCAAACAAAUAUUGGAUUUUUAAUAUUAAGCCAAUAUUUUUCUCGAGUUUACUUUAGACUUUCUCUGGGUUUGAUUUGUAAAAACCGGAGAGUCCGCACCUCGCUGUGUUUAUUAUAAAUAUAUAUAUCCCCCUUUUUUCUCCAUUUUUAUACCCUUGAGAUUGAUGUCUCCGGAUGAUUGAACGUGAUGAAACAAAUAAAACAAACACAACCUGUGCUGAGUAUGGAAAAUUCCGGACAUUGAGCAUAUUUAAAAUCACUUAAAGUCACGCAUCAAAAUGGGUUUGAGGGAUAUCUCAUUUUAACAGGAGCCAGAAGUCAGCUCACAACACUCAUAAAGCCUCAAUAUAUCGCCUUACACAUGUCAGGAAAUCCAAGAUUUCAAUAUUAUUCUAAGCCUGAAUGAUAUUUCCUUAGAUGUUGGAGAAAUGUAACAUAUCUAUUUUUUUCCCUUCCCCCCCUCCCACCAUAGUACAGUACUCUUCAUAUGUACUUAGAAGUGACAAAGUCAGCUCCCUGCUCAGCUGCACAUAAUCUGACUACGUGACACAAACAUGAUAAAAAAAAAUUUCCAUAAUGCUGGUGUGUUUUAUAAACCACUCAGGGCUUAAUGGAAUAUAUUCUUAAUGCGUCGUGACAUUAGUAACAACUCAAACUGAAUACUGAACCAUAUGAUACCUUAGACACCUUCUCAGAUGUGUACUUUUUUUUAAAACUUCAAAUCGUUAGCAUUGUUCAUCUUAUACACUCUGAAAUCUUGCCUCUCCUGCUGUGUGUGUGUGUGUGUGUGUGUGUGUGUGCGUGUGCGUGCUUGUGUGUGGUUUAAGGCUUUUGUGGAUUAUCUUUCUGCUGUAAUGAGACAACUGUGGCUGAUGGUUGCAGGCCUAAUUUCCUUUUAAUUUGAUUCAGAUCUCUCCAGGUUUCGGCAAAGAAGUUGGCUUAUUGUUUGAUUUGACGAGUUUCAUUUCGAGAUACCGUUGCUCAUCUUUCUGCUGUUCAGCCACAAUCAGUUCAGUUUUCACUCUAUAAUUUUGUAUAUUGUUGCCUUAAGAAUAAACAUGUUUUUUUUUGUUUUGUUGAUAAUAUCCAGCAAGCCAUAUGUGAAUGGAACUGAAGAUGUAAGAAGGAGCCCAGAUGCAAAGCACCGUCUGCAAAUAAAAGGGGACUAAUUUUGCCAAUUGCUCAUGAAGACAUUUUCUUUUUCAGUUUUAUUUUUAUUUCAUUUUUUUGCGGAUGAUUUGAGUGUUGUUUUGGUUUAAGAAACACACCUAGUUUUGUUUUUAUCGCAGUACAAAGCCUUUGAAUUUUAUGAAACCGCGAGUUUCCUGCCAGCUCACUUUUUUUUUUAAUCUUCUCAAACGUUUUCCACAUUCUCUUGUGAUCCACUUCGACUGUCUUUAAUAACGGGUUGACAUUCUCUGCAGCACAGAAAUCACACUGCUCUUGAUUGGUUUCAUUUUUUUUGUAAUUAACCCAUUAAACCUGUCGAAGGAAAUAAAAUGAACUUUUUGCA